AUGAGCACAACUCCCUUUUAUGAUGCAUCUCAGCCAGAUGUGUCCCCAGGGAGCAUGCAAACGUUGGUCUCCAGGCCUGUGCUCCCAAACCAAGACCCGAUUAUCUCAAAGAGGGUAUGUUUCUACAAGAGUGGUGACCCCCAGUUCAUGGGGCACCGGAUGACCAUCAAUAGCCGCAAUUUGAAAACCUUUGAUGCCCUACUAGAUGUCCUCUCCAAGAAAGUGCCUCUGCCUUUUGGGGUAAGGACCAUCACAACACCCAGGGGAACACAUGCUGUCCACACUCUCGAUGAUCUGCUGGAUGGGGCUUCUUAUCUGUGCUCAGACCAGAAGAAAGUCAAGCCUUUUAACCUGGAUGAGGUCCACAAAAGACAGGUCCCUUGGAACACUACCAGACCCAUUAGUGCAGGGCGUCAAGAACGUAGAGAAAUGGUCCGGCAUCUAGUUAAGAGAAGUGUUGUGACCACAAGGACAGUAAAAAUGGCUGAACACACUGUGUUGCGGACCCCAAAAAGGCUGACGGUAUAUAAAAACAGGGAUCCAAGCAUAAAGCGAGUAAUUGUUCUUCACAGGAGAACAGCCCCAAAUUUCAAAGCCCUUUUGGAUUAUCUUUCUCAAGUGAUGCAGUUCCCAGUUAUUAAGCUUUACACCAGAGAUGGCAGAAGAGUUGAAGGACUUCUUGCCCUCAUUUUGUGCUCUGGGAUUGUUGUGGCUGCUGGUAAUGAACCCUUCAGAAUGGGUGACUACGAUCUCCAAGGUCCCACUAAAACCAUACAGUCAAGCAUAUCUGAAUCCUUGGCUCCCACACCAACAAAGACACUUCUACAAGAAAAAAUUAAACAAACUGGGACUUUCUCAAGAUCAAGGAAUUUCUCUUUAUCUUCUGAGAGAUUCCUUGUAGAGCAAAUCAAUAAGUCACUAAAUGGAAAUUUGUCAGAGCAAAAUAGCCAAAAAACAGAAUCAAUGGAGACCGAAGUCAGCCAGCCAGCAGUAUCAGAGGAUAUGAAGACCUGUGACUGCACGGCUGAUAUGGAAGAGAAGAACUACCCCAUAAUGCCUACUGAAAAUGACAUUGAGAAAUCAUUCCGGGUCAAUGAGGAUGGCAGCAUGACUGUGGAGAUGAAGGUCCAUCUUAAUAUAAAACAAGAGGAAAUGAUCCACUGGACAACUACACUAAGCCGCAACUAUGUGAAUAGUCAGCAGAGGACAGUGUGCAAUUCCAAGCCAGGAUCAGGCGUGAACUCAUUAGAUGUUACUAAUCACUCAAGCAAAGAGUCAAAUGGUCCUCAUAGCUUAGAAUCUAAAGACAUUACCACAAUCACUGACAAGUCUGUUGGAUUCAAUGAGGAAGGAAGAGAGAAUUAUGGUAGUGCUACAUCUCAGACUUCUGAAAAGCAUACAAGACAGCGAAUGAAAGAGGCUUCUGUGAAAAACAUUAAAAUGGUUUCAGAGACUGAAGUUCAGGAGAGUACAGUGGGUGCAUACUCAUACUUGGAGCGGACAGCACAGGGAGAACUGACAGAGGGUUAUUGCAUGGUCAGUCGUAGCAGCAGCAGCAGCACAAAAACUGUGUCAAAACCCAAGAAGAGUGAACCAGGAGAGGCCAAUCAAAAGAUGUCUCAAUCCAAUCUACAUCUACAAAACAACGAGACAAUGGGAAUAACAGAGACUGUACUUCACAUACAUGAAGCACAGGGCACGUAUGAAAAUUACUAUGCAAAUACAAAGGUUGAUGUAGAUAGUAAGCCUGGAUAUUGUACUAAAGCUUUGCCUCGCAGUAAGCCAGGCUCAACAGACUCAAAACCCCAGUCAUCAUGUAAUGAUUGUGAUGUGGAUAUCACUAGGCUGUCCACAAGUUCAAACUCCCAAGAUGGUGGAAAAACUGACAUGAUUUCAUUGUCAUCUGCCUGUUCAACACCUAUUCAGAAGAAAAGAAAACAAAAUUCUGUCUUCACUGAAAAGGAAAAACAGGCCUUAGUAGAGUCUGAAUCCAGAGAAAUGAAAAUCAUGCAGCAAGAGGUAGCAAUGGAACAAGACUCAGAGAAUAAAAUAAUUAAUAGUAGUAAAAUAAAUAAUACGCCAAAGUCUAAAAAAUCAAAGACAGGUACUUCUGAUUCAUCUGGGAAAAGAAUAAAGGGUAGUAUUCCAUCCUCUUCAAAAGACCUACAAAAUAUAAAUACUUCUGAAACACUGAGCCACACAGGAUCAGAAAAAAUGACUCAUAGUUCAGCAGAAAGUGACAAACCUGAACACAAAACUGGAAGAGAUACAAAUAAAAAGACAUUUGAAAGAUAUUCAAAAAGUAAAAACUUGAAUCUCAACAUAGGGAAUCAAAGAAGGUCAGAGAAAGAGCUCAAGCUACAAGAUAAAACCAUCAAAAACAUCCCAAACAUAUUAAACAAAGGCGAUCAUGACUCACAAGGGCUUACUUUAAGGAAAAAUGUCUUAGACAUUCGGUCAACGGGCCAUCAAGCACCAUUAAAAAAGAUGCUGCCAAAGCAAAGGUCAAUGAAUGGUAACAGAUCAAAAUCCCCUAAACGAAAACAGGAUAUGAGUGAGAGUGUGUCCUUGCCAGUGCUGCAAUCAUCACCCUCCAAUGUGAAUCAAUAUGUUGAAAACUGGCUGAAAAAGAUUCAACCAGAGUCUUCUCCCUAUGAUGAUGAGACAGAGAAUCCAGAGAAGGUACCAAGGGCAAUAUUUCAGAUAGGCAGUGACUCUGCAAAUGGCUCUGAGAUUAAAAGUGAAAUUGAAAAUGAUAGUGUAAUGGAUGAAGAGCCUUCUCCUGAAGAUAAUGCUGUUGAGAGGCUGAUGUCUCAUCCACCUGUUAAAAUAUGUUGUGAGGGAGAACCAAUUGAGCUACAAAGGUUGAGAGGCUUUUGUAAAUCGAUGCCAAGUGUGAGGGUACAUGCUGCUGAACAGGAGUGCCUUGUUAGAAUGCACAAGUCGUCUGAGAACUUGGUUCCCCCUGACCCUUGUAUUUAUGGUGGGACAUUACAAGGCACAGAGCUUAAUAUUAGGUCAGGCAUGCAACCAGUUUUAGAACAAUUAUGUUUGUCUGUUCAUUCUAUAAGACAGGCUUCAAAUCAGCCAUGCUUAACAUCCCAAGUGAAGCAAAAUUCCAGCAGCCUCCCAGAUUUCUCAUCCCAAGUGGCCUCUGCCUUUGGUUCUCCAUCAAGAGCUUUUCUGUCCUUUUUGUCACUAAUGACUCUGAGAGAUGAUAUUUCAAUCCUCAGAAAAGAUGAGUCACAAGCCAGCAACUCAGGCAGCUGCUCAGAGUCCCUGAAGGUCAUGCAGUCCUUAGAAAAAAUAGCCAAUAUUCAGGAUGAGGAUGAGCUUAAGGCCAGCUUGACAAGUCUUCAAAGCUCAACCUCUUUUCAAUUAAAAGAGAGCUGGAGAGAGUUCCAGAAAAAAAAUGCCACUGGAGAGAGUCCACCACUUUCACCAAUACAACCUGAACAAGAAUUUGCACUGGAGGUGGACUCAGGAGGAGAUGAUGAGGAAAAAAAGCCUGAUUUUGGGAUAGAACUGUUAAUGGAAGAUAUCAACAUGUCUGAAGAUCUUCACAGAGAGAUUUCCUCUCUUGUUGAAGGAGAACUAAAGAGUCCUUAUCAAACAAAUUUGAACAAAGGACAUUCUGAAAACACCAGUGAAGUCUCAGGUAAAGAUGAGGAAAAUAAUGCUGGCUCCACGAAUGGUAGAUUAGAAAAAGCUUCUGACAUGGAAGAGGACUAUUCCGCAGAGAAUAUUGGUCAAGAAAAUUACACAACCAAAAAUGAGAUGAUUGAUGACCCAAAAGAACCAGAAUCUCAGGAACUGCAUCUAAUUCAAUCUCUUUCCCCCAUAACUGAGAAAAAGGACCCAGUUAUGGAAGAUUCUGGUAAAGCAGUACCCAAACAACCACCUGAGGAAAAUUGUAGUGAUUCAAGUACAGCAAAGGCUUUAGAAACUAUUGAUAACAACCAGAUGGACACACAAAGAAAAAAAGAAAUUGUAAUGCACAAAGACUCAAAAUCUGAGAAGAGAGAUGCAGUAGAAAACAAUUCUCCCACAUUAGAAAAAAAGGUAAAACAGAUAGCUGAAGAAGUUUCUGAGUCCUCUGAUGACAAAGACAAUAUGUCUGAAAGAGAGAACAACACAACACUAGACAAUAGAGAGGAAAUAAACUUUAAUGCAGAGGACGACACCAUUCAAAAUAUCAGAGAACAUAGAGAACAGUCAGAUAUUUCAGAAUUCGAAGACACAGAUGCCAAAUACCUGUAUUCAGCAUCAGAAAUGGAAUGUGUGCGGUUUCCUGACAGAGAGAUAGCUGAAAUGCAAGAGCAAGACUGUGUCAGAGAGGAAGCUGAUAAUUCAGAGAAAGGAAGAAAUUCAGAAGAAAGGAAUAGUGUUCAAGGAGAAGGGCACAAACAAGAAAACUUGUCUGAUUCAUCAGAAUAUGAGAGUAAGUGCAACCACUCAGAUCCAUUCUCUAAGGAUUCUCAGUCUGAACCACAUCACCAUGAUACAGAGAGUAAACAUAGACAGCAAACAUUAGAAACAGAUAGCCAAGAAAACUAUCAAUUAAUGUCUCUAGAUGUUGUAGAUUUAAAGACAGAGCAACAGGAAGAUGCUAUGCCAGAUAUGUCAGAAUGUGAUGAUCCUGAUCCACACUUUAAUAACAAUAGCCCUGAGUGUGGUGGUAUUGAUGAAAAUGAUGAAAAAGCUUUUUACAAUAAAAUACAACAAAUUGAUAAUGUACAGUUGAAAGAUAAUGACAGUAAUGAUGAGGAUGAAGAGGUGUCCAAAGUUUGUGAAGUGGUUGAUCCAGAUGCUGAAACAGGCUCUAAUACCAUCUCAGAUUCUGAGGCUGUGCAUAAGGAUGUGAUAGAAAAAGAGUCAAGCACAAGCUGUGAUUCAGAACUUGACUGUUUGGUCCAAAUUUUAGAGGAAGAAAGCCUUGCAGAUAAAAAGCACAGUUCUGGUGGAGAGCAUGAUGUAGAAGAAGAUGAGGAGGACAGUAUGCUUGAUUCUGGUAAUGAUGUAGAUGCUGUUUCACAAGAAAGGGAUUCUUGCAAGAGUUCGAGAACAAAGACAAGUGAAAACUUGUUAGAGGAGGCAGAGACGUUUGGCAUGGAACAUGGUUAUCACUAUUUAUUACAUCCAACAGAGAUCUCACAAGAGCUGUUAGACUUAAUCAAUUCAGCUUUGUUGUCAUCCAACCUGACUGUCACAUAUGAUUCAAAUGGAAACCUCAGAGUAGAGCCAAACAAAUGUAAAAUGAGGGAGAUGUUCCUGGUUCAAAACAAGGCAGAUGCACAGUAUGGUCAGAAAUGCGUCCCAAGCCCUAAUACAUCAGAUCUCUCUGAUUACAGGCCAGAUACAUCAGACAAUAGUGGACACCAGUCACAGGCCUCUAUGGAACUUUUAACUGAUAGUGGAGGAGAAGAGGAAGAGAGAUUAUGUAUCAUUCAAGAAAUCAUAAAACUAAGCUCUCAGAACCCAAAGAUCAGAAACAAUGUGAAAGAAAAUAUCUGCACAAAAUCUUCUUCAGGGUCUACAACAAAACAUACCCCCAGUCCAAGUUUAAACAGCAAUAACAGUCUUGCCUCUUUUCAAGAUUCUAGAAGUGCAAUUCAGGAGCCAUUAUGUUACAACAGAUCAAGUUCCUUUAAAGGAGACUUUGAGUCUGUACAGUGCAUGGCUUUAAAUGGUGAAGUGGAUUCUGGUGAGGGAGUGCAUAUUGAUAAAGGCAGGUGGCUCCUAAAAGAAAAUCACAUCAUCCAUCAUUCUCCUCCUGUGCCCAUGGGAAUAUACCAAAAUGGAGACACCACAUCAGCUGACACAGCUCAGGACAAUGCGAGUGAGAAUGCAUCCUACUCAUAUUGUGAGAACCAACACUCACCACUAGCUGUAAUAUCUUCUUCUGAGCUGGAGGAUAUGGCUAAACCCCAUACACCAAAGUGUACAAACUUCAAUAUGGUUCAUAGUAGUGACUCUGAUCCUCAUUUGGAUGCUCAUAGCAUUAAUGGUGGUAACAGAUGGGACAUUAGGAGGAACAAGGAGCUUAGGGUAGCACCAAUGGGGGAGUCUUCCAAAAUGUGGGAAAAGAAAAAUGGAAGUCUGUCCUCAUUUUCAUCUGUUGAGUUCAAACUGCCUGAUGGGAAAGUUCAUCCACAGGAUUGCCCAGUGUCUGGUGCUGUGAAUGCUAAUAGGUCUCAGAGUAUAGACAGUAGGACAACACAAGUGGAGGAGUCAAGAGAGGGGUUAAAUCUCAGGUGUGGGCAGCACUGCCCAAUACUGUAG